AUGCGUUGGACCCAGGCUGCUGCCCUGGCCGGCCUCGUCGGCCUGGCCCAGGCUAAGACCUACAACAACAUCCGCGACCAGGAGAUCCGCGACUGCGGCUCUGUUGGCUGCUACGCCAAGGCCAUGCAGGCUCGCCAGGUUGGCCACGGCCCCCGCAAGAUGAUGGGUCGCCAGAUCGACAACACCACCAGCUCUGCUUCCACCAGCGAGGAGCCUUCCUCUACCACCGAGGCCCCCUCGUCGUCGUCUUCGGCCGCUCCCAGCAAGACGACCACCAUCUCGGUUGCCUACCCCACCGCCACUGACUACUCUGCCAUCUUCGCUCUCGGUGCUGGCUCUGCCAUCAUCACCACCGUGACUGUCAACGGUCAGGUCGUCGAGGUCGUCCUCGUCAACAAGGGCUGCUUCGGCGCCCAGGCUGGUGUCAACCCCUUCACCGCCAACCCCGAGGCGGGCAGCGCUGCCUCUGCUAGCGAGUGCACUGAGUUCUGCCAGGCCUUCCCUCUGGGUUACUCUAGCGAGGUCGUCGCCGACUGCUACUGCGGUAGCGCUCAGCCCAGCCUGCAGCAGAUCGACGACUCCUACUGCCAGACCACCUGCCCUGGUGACUCUACUCAGUUCUGCGGUGGUGGCCCUGCCCCUACCAAGCGCGACAUCAAGGUCCGCCAGAGCACCGUUGCCGCCCAGAUCUUCGAGACCGUUCCCCGUGCUGAUGUCUUCAUCCCCGGUGUUGACGGCAACACGACCACGACUGCCCCCACCAGCGCUCCUACCUCUGCGCCCACUAGCCAGGCCACCAGCGGUACCGAGUCCACCACCGGCACCGGCACUGAGCCCACCUCCGGCAUGACCUCCAUGACCUCCAUGACCUCCGGUGCCUCUUCCACCGGCUCUGCCAGCGCCACCUCUUCCUCCGCCGCUGCCGGCAUUCCCACUGACACCCCCAUCAUCUUCGGCAUCUCCCGCAUUGGUGGCGCCAACCCCUCCAACGCCGUCAAGCGCCAGACCAACACUGGUACCUUCCUUGGUGGUGCCGGCCCUGUCGCCCCUGAGAGCUGCUCUGAUGCCACCACCUUCCGCAUCUCCAACGGCCAGCUCUUCUCUGGCAACCAGCUCGUCUCCACCAACGCUGGCACCCCCUACCAGGCCUUUGCUGUCUCCCCCGUCGUCGGAGCCAUCACCACCACCUUCACCUCGGCCGGCUCCAACCUGGUCUGGGCCAACGCUGCCUUCCCCGGUGGUCAGGCUGGCUUCUGCCAGGACAACACUGGCCGUGUCUACAUCACCUUCGGCACCUCGCCCCCUCUGUGCACUCCCGUCAACCUGGUUGCCUAUGCUGCCACCCAGUGCCAGAACGGCCAGAUCGUCGGCCCCACCCCUGCUCCCACCACCACUCCCCUCCCUGCCAACCAGACCCUCAGCCUGCCCGCCAACGUUUUCUUCCCCGACAACGUUCCCACUGGCGAGGCUUGCACCUGGAUCCAGGCUUCCUGGACCAUUGGCGAGGCCACCAUCACCCCCUUCGCCAACCCCGCUGCCUAA